CUCUCCCUCCCUUUUUUUUCGCAAUUUACAGGACCUCAUGCCAUAUCCAUGGCUUCCACAACUAUGGUUGCUUCCCCCUCCGACGACAGAUUCCGCAUGAAUACUCUUCCGAUCAUAGAUCUCCGUCUCCUCUCCCAAUCCGAACUCUAUUGUCUCUCUCGUUUCUCCUCCUCAUCGUCGUCUUCAAUCUCCCAAUCCAACAACGACGACGACGUUCUAAUCCCCAAAAUUGAUCGAUCUGUCUUCAACGAGUCCGCCGGUAGCCGGAAACAAACCUAUUCUCGUCUUCGUCUUGCCCCUCGCAAAUCUCAGUUUCCUUCCUCCUCCUCCUCCUCCACAAUUCGCCCCCAAUCCCCUGACCGCUUCGAUGAAGAGAGCGCUGAGAUUGUUACUCUCUUCAAGCAGCUCUUCGUUGGAGAGUCUCAUUGUGGCGUCAAUGACAGCUAUGACGAUGGAGAUGAGGACCUGGUUCUUGUUAACCACAUUUAUGAUGAAUCGGUACCUGAAUCUUCCUACGCGAUUUUUCACAGUAUUCCUGUUGAUAUCAUCGAUAGCAGUUACGCUCCGAUUAAGCGGCGGCGAGGACGACCGCGGAAGGAUAGUAAUCGGUUUGCUCAGAGCAAUGGAAAUGCGGCUGCGAACUCCAUAAGCGGAUGCGAUAAACGAGCGGAGGAGGAUGAGAUCGUAAUGGUAAUGCUGUGAACCUGGUCGCUUCGACCUACCUGUAUACGAUCUUAGUGCUUUAGGAGAUUAGGCAGACGAUGGCAGAGAUGUAGACUAAGCUGAACUGUAUAGAUUUUUUAGACAAUUGAACACGAUUAACCUAGCUGAUGAAGGAGAAUGAUUUGAUGGUCGAUUGGUUUCGAGACGGUAUCGGCUGGAAACUUUUGCUUUCGAGACGAGAUCUCGUACACAAGUUGAUGCAGAUACUCAAUUAUGUAGACAUUUGGUUCUUUUUUUUACACAUCUUCCUGCUUAUUGUUGGAGUUAGCUUACAAUUUUGUCACUCGAGUAGGAAAAAUACUGUGAAUAGUAUCAUCCCAAAUUCGUUUUUAGUUGGACGAUUUCUUCGCCUCGAACCACUUAAUGUUGAAAGCAAUUCGAGGAUGUAAUUGUAACAAGGUUUAUACUCAAAAAGUAUUAUUAGCUAGGGUGCUUGAAUUGACCCAA